AUGGGGAUUGUGAAGGGAAGUCCAAAAGCAUGUGUCUUUAUUGGAAUCUUGUUCAUUCUAAAUUGCGCGUUUUGUUGCGUUCUUGCUCAAGAAAACGGCAAUGAGGAAACGAAGAAAUAUGUAGUGUAUUUAGGCGCGACGAAACACGAUGAUCCUGAGGUGGUCACCGAAUCACACUACAGGAUGUUGGAAUCGGUUUUCGAAAGCCCGGAAGCUGCUCGAAAAUCCAUGGUCUACACGUAUCGCCAUUCAUUUUCCGGGUUUGCAGCCUGGCUUACAAGGUCACAAGCUAAGAAUAUAUCAGACCGUCCUGAUGUUUUUAGUAUGGGACAAGAGUCAAAGCUUGAGAUGCAAAGCACGAGGAUGUACGAGUUUUUAGAGAUGACACCGAAUACUCCCAAAGGAAUCCUCCAGGAGAGCAACAUGGGAAGUGGUCUUAUAAUUGGUGUGCUCGACACAGGAAUUUGGCCAGAGUCUGAGGCUUUCAACGACGAAGGUUAUGGACCGAUACCGAAACACUGGAAAGGGGAAUGCGUAGCCGGAGCAGGCUUUGACCCAAAAAUCCAUUGCAACAAGAAGUUAAUAGGAGCAAAGUACUACCUUGAUAGCUGGUUCCAGAAAAACGCGCCAGCCGUCCUCGCCCCGGAUGAGUUUUUGUCCCCUAGAGGUUAUGGUCCACACGGAACGAUGUGCGCUGCAAUUUCUGCAUCUUCCUUCGUGCCUAACGUUUCGUAUAACGGCUUAGGACUUGGAGUCAUGAGAGGUGCUGCUCCAAAGGCUCGUAUAGCUAUGUACAAGGUUAUGUGGAAUGAAGAACCUUUUGGUAUGGGCAGCGCGAACCUGGUCAGGGCAAUCGAUGAGGCCGUAAAAGAUGGUGUUGAUGUACUGACGAUUUCAAUCGGCGCCACCCCGGCUCCUAUCAAACCAGUAUACGCUCUUGGGGAAGAUAUGGAGGUUGGAACGUUCCAUGCGGUGAUGAAGGGCAUUCCGGUUGCAGUUGGUGGUGGUAAUUCAGGCCCCGACGCUUACACUGUCACUAAUACAGCUCCGUGGUUGAUCUCAGUCGCUGCAUCUACCCUUGACCGUGCCUAUCAUGUAGACAUUACUUUGGGAAACAACAUGACCAUUGUUGGUAUAGCUAGAAAUCGGGAGGCUGUAUCUGCUGAUAUAGUUUACGUGGAAGAUUGGAAAAAACUCAGUCCUACAGGCGCUAACCCGUCGUUGGAAGGAAAAAUUGUUUUAACGUUUGUGUCACAAGAUUUUGAUGUGGCGGGCGCUCUUAACACGAUAACCUUGUCCCCGGGGGUGAUAGGCGUGAUCGUUGCACGAUCUACUGAUACCAUGAGUGAUUUUCCCUAUUUUGUGCCAGAUGUCACCGUAGACUUUGAAGCCGGGACCAAGAUCCUACGGUACAUGUCCACAACAAGUUCGCCCAGGGCUCAUAUAACCCGUGCUAGAACCGUCUUGGGACAUCCUCUAACGACUGCGAUUCCGAAAUUCUCAUCUAGAGGCCCUAAUCCAAGUGCUCCAGCCAUUCUCAAGCCUGAUAUCGUAGCCCCCGGUAUGAACAUUAUUGCGCAUGGCUCCGGAUAUUAUGUAGGAGAUUCCCCCAAAGUUAUGAUAGGUCAAGGAACAUCUUUUGCCACUCCGGCUAUUGCCGGAAUCGUCACCCUUCUCAAAGCUUUACACCCUGACUGGUCUCCUGCUAUGCUCAAAUCAGCUAUCAUGACUUCAGCGCGGACGGUCGAUCCAUCUGGCGACCCCAUUUUCGCCGAAGGUUAUCCAAGGAAGCUGGCUGAUCCAUUUGACAUGGGUGCUGGACUCGUCAACCCGGAAAAGGCCAGAGACCCGGGGCUUGUCUACGACAUGAACCUCGACGACUACGUUCACUUUUUCUGCGCCUCUGAUUACCCUGAGGAAAAGAUCACUCUGCUCACCGGAAAAGAGACCAAAUGCCCGUCUCCCAGACCGUCUCUGCUCGACGUGAACUAUCCGGCCAUCACCAUUCCUUAUCUUGCGGGAGAAGUCACUGUUACGAGGACCGUGACCAACGUCGGACCUGUGGACUCGGUCUACAGACCCGUGAUCGAGGCUCCUGAAGGUGUGAAGGUUGCUGUUGAGCCGGAGACUCUGGUGUUUAACUCGAGCACCAAGAAACUUGCGUUUAAAGUUAAGGUCACGACGACUUAUAAGAGCAACACUGGUUACUAUUUUGGUAGCUUUGCUUGGACUGAUGGGACCCGAAAUGUUAACAUUCCUUUGUCUGUGAGGACUCGUGUUACCAAGUUUUCGCAGCCUUGA